AUGUGUCUCCUCUUGCUCCAGCUGCUUGUGCUCUUACCUCUAGGGAAGGCAGGCCAUCACCCAGAUGGCUGGCAGAGCCAAAGUUCUCUUUCCUUUGUGCUCCUGGACAGGAGUCGCAGAGAGCUACCCAUGGGCAACCAAGAGGAAGCUGAGGACAAGCCAGAUCUGUUUGUGGCAGUGCCACACUUGAUAGGCACUAGUCUGGCAGGGGAAGAUCAGAGGCAGAGAGAGAAGAUGCCAUCCAGGUUUGGAAGAUUCUGGAAGAAACCUGAGAGAGUACUACACCAUCCCAGAGACCUGGAAAGUGAGCACUUCCCACCCAGGACCCAGGCCCUCCCUCAGCCACUGGAUGGAAUGAAAGUGGAACAAUCUCCUCUUCGUGAGGAAGCCAAGAAAUUCUGGUACCAUUUCAUGUUCAGAAAGAGUCCAGCUUCUCAGGGGGUCAUCUUGCCUAUCAAAAGCCAUGAAGUGCACCAGGAGACCUGUAGGACAGUGCCCUUCACCCAGACUGUCACCCACAAGGACUGUGACAAAGUAGUUGUCCAGAACAGUCUUUGCUUUGGGAAGUGUGGGUCUGCUCAUUUUCCUGGAGCUGCACCGCUCCCCCACACCUUCUGCUCCCACUGCUCACCUGCCAAGUUCACCAGGAUGCACUUGCAGCUGAACUGCACUGGCCUGGAGCCUGUGGUCAAGGUGGUGAUGCAGGUGAAAGAGUGCCAGUGCACGGUGAAGACAGAGCACGGAGAUGGACACUUCCUACAUGCUGGCUCACAGGAUUCCUUCAUCCCAGGAAUUUCAACUUAA